AUGGACCACUACAUUAAGCGAGAGAGCCCGCCCGCUUUUGACGCUCCACCGUCUGCGCCGUCUGCACCGUCUGCGCCGGUCGAAGCUUUGGCGGACGCCGCGCUGCUGCCUGCGCCUGUCGAAGCGCUGGCCGCCAUGGCCGCGGCGCCAGCUCCACCGGCGACGAACGACGUCCAAUUUCUCGCGCAGGCCGUGGCCGGCCUCUUCUUUGUCACGGACUUUGCGUACAUGUCGAUGACGGGAGGCUUUGAAAGCAUGCGCCUCAAGUUGACGGACGUCCAAGCCACGCUUGACAUGCACCUACGCAUUCGGUACUUGGACACGGAGCUGUUCGCGACCAUGCGCACCGAGCUCGUCACCCAUCGCUUGCUCAUCGCCACCUUGUUUGCGCUCGUUUUUGCCUUGUGGUACAACCCGUCGACGCCUAUUUAACGUACGAAUACGAGUCCGUG